GACACAUACAAUGGCGUCGACGUCUAGCUCCCAGUUUCCUUCCCGGGUUCUGCUUCCGCUAAUCCUACUACUGCUUGCAGCGGCGUCUGAUCACCGCACCCCGCGUGCAUAUGCCGCUACGUUGCCGAUCACUCGCCCGGGCUGCCCGGACAAGUGCGGCGACGUGCUCAUCCCCUUCCCGUUCGGCAUAGGUUCCGGCUGCUUCCUCCAGGGCUUCGAGGUCACCUGCAACACCACCUUCACUCCACCUCGAGCCUUCAUCACGAACCGCGAGAUCGAUGACCCCACGGCGAUAUGGCCUUACACCGGCGUGUUCCAGGACGUGCUGGAGGAAGUGUACCUGGCGGGAAGCGACGUCUACUCAGAGCCGUCGAGCAGGAAGAAUAUGUCUGUCCCGCUUGAGCUCUUCAGCAUAACGGUGGCCGACAACCAGGCCCGAGGGUACGGCGCCAUCUCGUCCGACUGCAGCACCGACACCACCGACCACCUGUACAAGUACCAGGGGACGGUGUUCGACCGCGACGGGCCCAACGGCACCUUCCUCCUGUCGGCGACGAGCAACGUUGUCGUCGGCGUUGGCAACAACGCCGAACCUCUGCUAUCCCAGGUCGUGGGGGACACCACGGGCUUCUGGGUCUCCUGCGUGGCCAAGGAGGACGGCUACCUGAUGCUUACCACAAACGGGUCGUGCACGGGGCAUGGCUGUUGCCAGGCCCCUGUGCCGCCUGAAGCGGAGCCCCGCAGCCGCAGCACCUUCUCCGUGGCCUUGUAUCCCAGGAACAACACUAGACGGGACGUCUACCCCUGCAGCUACGGCAUGCUGGUGGAGGAGUCAUGGUACAACUUCUCCACGCCGGACACGGGCGGCUACGAGACGCUGCCAAAGAAAUUCCCCAGGGGGGUGCCCUUCGUGUUCGAUUUUGCCAUAAGGAACGGCACAUGUCCCGCGGAAGGCCAGCGGCCGCCGGCAGACCACGCGUGCGUUAGCGACAACAGCUACUGUGCCACUGCAACCAAUGGCCAGGGCUAUGUCUGUAAGUGCUCCCAGAACUACGAGGGCAAUCCUUACAUCAAAAAUGGAUGCCAAGACAUCGAUGAAUGCGAGGACCCUGUUAAGUAUCCUUGCCAAGGAACCUGCAAGAACAAACCAGGAGACUAUGACUGUCUCUGCAAAGCCGGGAUGAAAGGCGACGCCAAGAAAGGAAACUGCACCGAGAAAUUCCCCACGGUAGCAAAGGCGGUUGUGGGUGCAAUCGGUGGCCUUUUUCUUAUAGCCCUUUUAUCAUUCCUAGUUCUCCUUCGCAAAGAGAAAAGGAAGACGAAAGAGUUUUAUGCAAAGAAUGGUGGGCCCACACUAGAAAAAGCAAAGAUUAUCAAGAUUUUUAAAAGGGGAGCAUUGAAACAUAUCUUGAAGAGUAGCAAUGUAAUUGGAAAAGGUGGCUUCGGUGAAGUUUAUAAGGGUACUGUUGGUGAUGAAAUAGUUGCUAUAAAGAAGCCAAUUAAUGGCAGCAUCCUGGAAAAUGAACAAUUUGCAAAUGAAGUGAUUAUCCAAUCUCAAGUGAUCCACAGGAACAUUGUCAGGCUCAUUGGUUGUUGCCUAGAUGUUGAUAUCCCGAUGCUAGUCUAUGAGUUCCUCUCCAGAGGUAGCCUUGAUGACAUUCUUCACAGCAAUAACAUGGGGCCUCUCAACUUGGAUGAGCGUUUACGAAUUGCAGCCGAAUCAGCAGAUGGCCUGGCUUAUAUGCAUUCAAAAACAAGUACAAAGAUCCUGCAUGGUGAUGUUAAACCAGCAAAUAUCCUCUUGGAUGAUAAUUUACUUCCCAAGAUUUCAGACUUUGGCAUUUCAAGGUUGAUUCCAAGAGAUAAAGAACACGCUGCAUCAGUCAUUGGUGACAUGAGUUAUAUGGACCCUGUAUAUCUUCAAACAGGCCUACUAACUGAAAAAAGUGAUGUUUACAGUUUUGGAGUGGUACUCCUGGAACUUAUUAGUAGGAAGAAAGCCACACAUUCUGACAACUAUAAAUUGGUGAACAGUUAUCUAGAGGAUCACAAAAACGGCAAGAAAUCCACCGCGUUAUUUGACAAGGACAUUGCAGAGGAAAGUAAUUUAGAGAUUCUUGAUAGCGUUGCUGGGCUCGCUGUGGAAUGCCUUAACCUUGAUGUGGAUAAGCGACCAGCCAUGACAGAAGUAGCUCAUCGCCUUCUCAUGUUGUAUCAAUCUCGUUUGUCUUAG